UCUAUGGAUUACAUUAUUUGAAGUUUGACUUGACUGUGGUGCGGGGGUUGACAGCAGAAGUGCGUGAACUGACGUAAAUAAAAACAAUGUGAAGCAAACAAAUACGUAAGUGACAGUUGUGUUGUAAAAGCCUAUGUGCUUUUCUGCAAAGGACAAGUGUGACCGUUUGAGCCAGCAUUCUAAACCCGAUAAUGAUAAAAGUGAUUGCGCAGAUGUUUGAGGCAUAGGACGGAUGCCUUAGCCUUCUUCGAAAACAUUAGAUAUAACGAUGCAAAAUUCCAGUUUUGCUUCGUUUGCGUGUCAUCUAUGCAAUGCUGCACUCCGAAAUUUCCACUCGUCAAGAUAUAUGCAGAAAACCCAUUACGAAGUUCUCAAAAUUGCACGAAAUAGCUCAAAUAAGGACAUCAAGGAGGCAUUCAUUAAAUUAUCGAAGAAGUUUCAUCCAGACAUCAACAAAAAUAACCCAGACACUCACAAUGAGUUUGUAAAACUGAAUGAAGCGUACAGCAUCUUGAGUCGUCCAGACAAGAGGAGGGAGUAUGACCUCAGCUUGCAGGUUGCUCACCCAUCACCACACCCCACUGGUGGCCCCAAUGUAUACGAGAAUGACAUCCGGCAGGACCCAUGGAAGGACCCAUCAUUCUUCAGGAACCGUGAUCGCAGCCGGGACGAUGAGAACCGCAGCAAGCCGUACUAUGGCAUCGGCAAGCUGGGCCGGCUGCCCAACUCGUGGCUGGUUGCCUUCCUGUUUGCUGUAACUGCUGUCGGUGUUGCUCUGCAAGCUGUAGCUAUCAGGCACUCGAUGACACUGCGCCGAAGCGCUCUGGACGAGGCGAGCGCACGCCACAGCGUGCUUCACACAAAGAUGCAGGAGCAGGCGCACGACGCCGGCAACCACAACAACCUGCGCAUGAUGCACUCGCGUCUCGGUGGCACCAGUGCGGGUUUUGCACUCCUCAUGAAAGAUGGCAAUCGGGAGCUGGCAGAAAAGCAACCGGUGGAAAAGCCGCCGUCACCCAUCAAAGUUGUGGAUGAUCUUCCAGCAGUGGAUGCGAAAGCAGCUUCAAUUGGCUGAAGAUCCGGAUGUGGUCUAAUGCCUGAUGUCACAGUGCCCUGCUGAUGAUUCCUUUUAUUUAUGCUUGAAGCACAGAAAUUUUAAAUGAAGAUUUAUUUUUCUAAGUCCUUUAUGUAAAGAUGUUGAAAUAUUAGUUGUUAAUUCUUUUGCUGUUAUAUGUCACUGCAAGAUACGUGAAACUGAAACCUAGUACAAUGAACUGUGAUAAUUUUGUAAGUGAAAAGCAAUAGGUAAAAUUUUGAGUUUGCUCAAAAUAUUGAUAUCUUACUCUGAUGUAAACAAAAAAUUACUUAGUGCAGCUACAUGUAACAGUAAGGAUACUUAAACACGAAAGAAAUUAUGAUUAUUACAGUUGUACAGUGGGACUCUCUCUGUUACUAAUGCUCCAAAAGAUGGCUCUGAGCACUAUGCGACUUAACUUCUGAGGUCAUCAGUCGCCUAGAACUUAGAACUAAUUAAACCUAACUAAUCUAAGGACAUCACACACAUCCAUGCCCGAGGCAGGAUUCGAACCUGCGACCGUAGCGGUCGCUCGGCUCCAGAUUGUAGCGCCUAGAACCGCACGGCCACUCCGGCCGGCUUACUAAUGCUUAGACAUCUUGUCUCUUUACUACUGCUAAGUAGUGAAGAUAGCUGUGAUACCGUAUAUAUUCAUCCCAUUUUCCCUCUCUUUGAUCUCUGUAUGGCUGUCUUGGUUUUAAGAUUUCCAUAGUUUCCGUAAACAGCAUGACAAUCACCAGGAUGGUGUCUUUGGAAAGUACCGGCUAGUGCCCUUCCUCAAUCCAAGCUUGUGUUACAUCUACAUACAUACUCUGUGAGCCACCAUAUGGUGUGUGUGGUGGAGGUAUCCUGUACAACCACUAGUCAUUUCCUUUCCUGUUUCACUUGCAAAUAUAGUGAGGGAAAAACUCUCUGUAAGUCUCCCAUCAUUCUGCAGUCGGCCUCAAACAGCAGUUCUCUAAAUUUGUCUUCCCUCCAGUGAUUCCCAUCUGAGUUCCCAAAUCAUCUCCAUAAUACGUGCACGUUGUUUGAACCUACUGGUAACAAAUCUAGCUCUUGACUUUUUUGCCCAUGGAACACCAUAAUUCUUUUCUCUUUUGAUGCCAUUGUUGAGCUAACCAGAUUUACAUUAUCUGUGAUUUCCCUAAAUUGCGUUAGGUAAAUGCCAGAGUGGUACCUUCCGAAAAGAAAUUGCAAAUGUCCUUCGUUAUUACUUUCUAAUCCAAUCUUCUGCUCUGUCUAUUAAUAAUCCUGUUGUUAUUGGGAAAUUAAGAUCUAAUCUCACUUCCCUUUUAUGAUUACUGCGAAAGCAUUUUUUGUUGUAAAGCAUGAUGUUUAACACUGUUGCAGAUAUUUGUAAGCCAUCUUGUUGGUAUGAUGUCAUAAAUGCAGAAGACUACCUAUGAUCAUGUUUAAAUAUCAGUACUACAUAAUUUUUAGGUGAAAAGAAAGAAGGGAAUAUCCAUGGAAUAUUAGUCUUCAAAAUUGUACGCUUAUUGUCGGUACAUAAGUAGUUUUUAGUUAGAUCAAUUCCAAGUUUUGUUUGAGAAAGCUGUUACACUACAAGGAGUACUUACCUCCAUGAGGUAAAAUUAAAAGUUUCAUCAACCCAAAGGUUGGUUUGAGCAUCACGAAGCUUUAGUACGUGUGAUCCUACUGGUGAUUGAGGAGAAGCUGUUGCCUGGUUUGUGCGAGCACCCAGACAUUGGCUGAACAAUGCUUACUAUUUAAAGUGGACUCUGACAUGUAAUGGCACUCAGCAUUUUUUACACCAGGGGUGAAAGGAAUGAAAAGUUUUGUAGGACUUACCAUGGACCUGAUGCCUUCAGAUUGCGAUGCCCGAUCCAGUUCUCUCCUUAUACAGAUCAGUUUUUGUCUAUAAAUGAUUGGGGGUGGCGAUUGGACUUGUAAUUAUAGUGGGUAGACACUCAAAUGCAGCAAGACCUCAGUGUUUAUUUCACUAAAUGCUCUAAGCAUUAAUUUUGAGUAGCUACUGUGAUGGUGUUAUUUGUAAUUUUUGUAAGAAACGCCUUUACACAGGAUUGACCACUGACUGACAGUGAGUUUUUACACUGAGAUUACCAUGUAAUUUUUCAUCUGAAAAACUUCUUGAACUGAUAGUACUUCAAUGCAAUGUAACAAGAACAAUUUACUGCACUUUUGUUGAAACAUAAAUUUAGUUUGUCACACAUCAUGAAUCAGUAAAAUCAUAUGUUCUGAA